AUGACCCCGACAUCCCAGAACGAGCCCUGGGCUGUAGCCACGGAGCACGUUCCCCAGAGCAUCCGAGUAAGGUCUCGCUCGGACCUGGAGGCCGGGAGGUUUAUUUACAGCCACAUCGAUUCCGUCAAAGCCAAUGAGGGGUUUGCCCGAGUGGGAACCUUCCGAGGAGUGUGCAAGAAAAUCGACCACUUCCCCGAGGACGCGGAUUACGAGCAAGACACGGCCGAGUAUCUCCUCCGUGCGGUGAGAGCGUCCAGCAUCUUCCCCAUCCUCAGCGUGGGUCUGCUGUUCUUCGGGGGCCUCUGCGUGGCCGCCAGCGAGUUCUACAAGAGCAAACACAACGUCAUCCUCAGCGCCGGCAUCUUCUUCGUCUCCGCAGGUCUCAGCAACAUAAUCGGGAUCAUAGUCUACAUCUCGGCCAACGCGGGAGACCCGGGGCAGAGCGACUCCAAGAAGAGCUACUCCUAUGGCUGGUCCUUCUACUUCGGAGCCCUGUCCUUCAUCAUCGCUGAGAUGGUGGGGGUGAUCGCCGUGCACAUGUACAUCGAGAAGCACCGCCAGAUCCGCGCCAAGUCACACUCGGAGCUGCUGGAGAAGACGUCCACCGAGCCCCGGUCCCGGGACAUGUCGCCCGUCAGCAAGGGGUUCAGCACCAUCCCCUCCACCGACAUCUCCAUGUUCACCCUCUCCAGGGAUCCCUCCAAGGUCACCAUGGGGACGCUGCUCAACUCGGAGCGGGACCACGGUUUUUUACAGGUCCAUAACUCCAUCCCCAAAGAGUUCAAGGAGUCUUUGCACAACAACCCGGCCAACAGACGAACCACGCCGGUCUGAGGCGGGCAGGGCGUUGGGGCAGGCUGCAUGGCGUCAUCCUCGUGACGGUGUAACCCGUGGAAUCCCGUUUUUAAGGACAAGCCCAGACAGCUCCCCGU